AGCAGGCGGCAGACACGCGGCAGCUGCAAAGCCCCAACUCGCCGUCUGUGGAGCAUUUGAAUAAUUUGCAAUUAAACUGCAAAAACUCUGAAUUCAGUGUGCGGCAAUCAAGAGCCAAAAAAAAAACGACUGUCGAGCAUUUCUUUCGCGACGUAAACUUCCGACACUUGAGUAGCAAAGUCAUGUAUCUGAUGCUCGUUAACGUGCUGCUGUUCGCUGCAUUUCAGGUGCAGACAGCGCAGAGCUUAGCACCACGUGGUAAAUUCACAAACGUAAGCUUUGAGCACAAUACCGACUUCUUUACGAAUAUGUCGUGCUGGCUCUCGCCCGAGGGCAAUCUUAAUGUGGAUGUGUAUAUAAAACGCAACCUGCCCCUGGCCAUGCGUACGUCUAUAACGGUGCAGUACCAAAUCGAGAACUCGGCCAACUAUUAUACGCUCUUCAGCUAUGACGUAGACAGCUGCAAGGCCAUGAAAGAUCUGCUGCAGUUCGGUCUGACCAACAUCUGGUUUCGCAACCUACGCAAAUACGGAAAUCUAACGAGCAUCUGUCCCAUGAAGGCUGGCUACUAUGAUCUGCGCAAUUUUCACCUGGAGAACAACAGCAUUCCGGCGUAUCUGCGACCCGGCAAUUAUCGUGUCAAAGAUAUGAACUAUUAUGGUAAAAACAAUGCCAAUGCAAACCUCAAGGCCAAGAAACGUCUCCCUGUUUCGUCUAUCGUUUUGCAAUUGCAAUUGUAUUAAAGUUUGUCUACAAACCCUGCAGCUCAAUUUAACUGAACUUUUGGCCUGUUGGCCAAGUGUGUCAGGGGCUUCAAUGUGGGUGGGGCUAACAAGUUUUCACGGGCCAAGUUUGCAGCACUUGCGUGAGAUAUGCUUGGAAUUUUUUGCUCGUUUUCUCAAGGUUCUUGAGCUUGCCAAGGUCUGAACAAAUUGAAUU